AUGCCUUGGAUAUUUCGUUAUUUUCUUGUCUGUGUCUCGGUCACCGACCUUGUAAUCGCUGAGGAUCAAUGCAGGAUAGAAAUGAACAUUCGUGGCAUGGCUCUCAAAGGUUUCGCUUUUAAGAGAAUGGCGGUGGCGGCUCCUCACAUCUGUGAUAUCUUAUGUGAAAGGGAAAUUAUCUGCCAGAGCUAUAAUUUCAACAGAAAAGAACAGAUCUGUGAAUUAAACAACCGCACAAAGGAUGCAAGACCCGAGAAUUUCCGCUCAGACCCAGCGUGGUUUUAUAUUCGCCGUUUAAACGGAAGAGCUCCCUUGGGUUCGAUACCGGGGUUACCAGCUCGUUCAUGCCAAGAAAUAACAGCAAGCGAAGGGAAAGACACACCAAGCAACAAUUACUGGCUGGAUCCAUCUGGCACUGGGAAGGCAGUUUUGGUUUAUUGUGAUAUGAAUUUGGAAGAUCAUGAUGAAUGCAUCAGUGGAAACAUUGCCUGUGACGUCAAUGCAUACUGUACCAACACUGUGGGUUCCUAUUACUGUACCUGCAAGGAAGGAUACACUGGCGAUGGACGCUCGUGUUCAGCUAGGCUUAGUGGAUCUGGAUUUAAAGGCCAUGAUUGUGAUGAGGACACAGAUGAGUGUUUGAACGGAACACACGGUUGUGAUGUGAAUGCUGAGUGUAACAAUACCCUGGGAUCUUACAAGUGCACGUGUAAAGAUGGAUUUCAAGGAAAUGGAACCAAAUGCACAGAUCUAGAUGAGUGUAUGAUCGGAACACAAAACUGUAAUGUAAAUACUAAGUGUAACAAUACCCUAAGAUCUCACAAUUGCACGUUUAAAGAUGGAAUUCAAGGAAAUGGAACCAACUGCACACAUACCAACGAAUGCACUGAAGGAAAACACGACUGUGAUGUAAAUGCUGAGUGUAACAAUACCUUGGGAUCUUACAAAUGCACUUGUAUGGAUGGAUAUGAGGGAAAUGGAACCAACUGCACAGACAUAGAUGAGUGUUUAAAAGAAAUACACGGUUGUGAUGUGAAUGCUGUGUGUAACAAUACCCUGGGAUCUUACAAAUGCACUUGUAAAGAUGGAUAUGAGGGAAAUGGAACCAACUGCACAGGAUUUACAGCUGUGUUUACAAAUCUUGGUAAGAUUGGAUCAGAGGGUCCAAAGUCGAUUGGUAGUCAUUACAAAGAUCAGGACCAUGACGGACAAGUAACAGUGUCCAGCGGUAUUCAAGUGUGGACUGUGCCACGCACUGGUCAAUACAGAAUAGAAGCAAUAGGAGCCUCAGGGGGGUACAGUGAGGACAGUUUUAUCAAAACCGGAGGAAGAGGGGCACGAAUGAUUGGAAACUUUAAUUUGACCAAAGAUGAGAUCAUUCAUGUACUUGUUGGUCAAAAAGGGGAAAAAGGGAAUGAAAACCCAAAAACUGCCGGAGGUGGAGGAGGUACAUUUGUAGUGAGAGAAAACAACAAGCCUUUGAUUAUAGCUGGAGGUGGAGGAGGAAUUAAAAAUAUAUCGGAACAACAUCCAGGAUGUGAUGCGUCCAUAAACACAACAGGGAAUGCAGGGAACAACUCGCCUUUGGGGUCAGGAGGAAGCAACGGAAAUGGAGGAAAAAGGAGUGGUCAAUCCGCAGGUGGUGGUGGCGGUGGCGGCGGCUUUUACAGUAAUGGAAGUAGCGGUGCUGGUCAAGGAGGCAAAGGAUAUCUUCACGGAGGAGUGGGUGGACAUGCCUGGGGUGGGUUCGGAGGUGGCGGUGGUUUACUUGGACGCGACCGUGGAGCUGGAGGUGGUGGAGGUUACUCUGGAGGAAAUGGUGGAGCUAAAGAACAGUUUUCCUGUGGGGGAAGGGGUGGAUCUUUCAACAGUGGGACAAAUCAGCAGAAUGAAUGUUGUUUUAAUAGCUUUGAAGAUGGUAGAGUGAUCAUCACGUUUCUUCAGUGA